AUGGAGAACCACGCUCAGCGCUCGGCCAGUGAUGACUCUUCGAGUUCCGGUCUCUCUUCCCAGGAUGAUGACCACGACCUCGCCCAACCCACUACCACCAAUACUACUACCGACACUAGAUCCUAUUUGCCCUCUAAUGUAUCCCUUGAAAUUCUCCAGGCGCACCUAGACGCUGACGGCUCUGACUCUUCCGAUGCUUCUGGACCGCGGGUACACCCCGACUUCUUCGUCCAUCUUGAAAAUCUACGAAGGGUCAACGAAGCCAAUCGAGUCAAUGCACGUAGGGAUGCUGAAGCCUGGUAUGAAGCUGCGAUGGGGCACCCGCCUCAGCAUCAAGAUCCUUUGAUGUUCAACGGGUCCCAGCAUGAAGCCCCUCAGAUGCACGAUCAGCCCCAGCAUGAUGCUCCUUUCAUGUUCAACGAGUCCCAGCAUCGAUCUUCUCAGACGUACAGUCAGCCCCAGGAUGGAACUCCUUUUAUGUUCAACGGGUCCCAGCAUGAAGCUUCUCAGACGUACAGUCAGCCCCAGGAUGGAACUCCUUUUAUGUUCAACGGGUCCCAGCAUGAAGCCUCUCAGAUGCACAAUCAGCCUCGGCAUGAUACUCCUUCUAUGUUCAACGGGCCCCAGCAUCGAUCUUCUCGGAUGCACGAUCAGCCUCAGCAUGAUGCUCCUUUCAUGUUCAACGAGUCCCAGCAUCGAUCUUCUCAGACGUACAGUCAGCCUCAGCAUGAUGCUCCUUUCAUGUUCAAUGGAUCUCAGCAUCAAGCUUCUCAGACGUACAGCCAGCCCCAGGAUGGAACUCCUUUUAUGUUCAACGGGUCCCAGCAUGAAGCCUCUCAGAUGCACAAUCAGCCUCGGCAUGAUACUCCUUCUAUGUUCAACGGAUCUCAGCAUCAGGCUUCUCAGACUUACAGACAGCCCCGGAAUGAAAUUUCUUUCACGUUCAACGGGUCUCAGUAUCAAGUUUCUCGGGCGUCCAACCAGCCCCAGAAUGGAGCUUCUUCUUCAGUGCUUAACCAACCCCAGAACGGAAGUUUCCAAUUUGCCAACGAAACAAACCAACCUUCGUACCACGCCGGUACCGGAAAUGGAUUGCAGCCAUCGGCGAUGGGCAUGCGUGAGCGAUAUGAAACCCAAGAUUCCACUGCAGCCGGGCCAUCCGAGCCGUCGCUACAUGUUCGUUUUGCGACACCUACUCACAUUGGUCCUUCUCACCCUAGGGACAAUCCUCAUCAGCGUCGGCCUCCUUCUCCCUACCCUGUGGGGUUCCGUCGCCCAUAUGCUUCUGGUCCAAAUUACAUGUCAAAUCCUCCCUUGCCACCGUAUCCUUUGCCAUCACCUCCUUUGCCAGCACCUCCUGUACCGGCACCUCCUGUGACAGCACCACUGCACCCGGAUUAUACCGAACACGGGAACCCUUACAGACUCGCAUCUGAGCCAGAAUUGCUUCCUGAGGAUGCCAUCACUCAUGGUGAAGAACGCAUUGUUCAAUCAUGGCUCAUUCGGCAGCAGCUUAUUGCCGGAAUUCCUCCUCAGGAAAUUCAGCCCAUGGCACAAGCACGCGAAAGACAGCACCGAACCCCUCCUUACAUCAUGCUCAAUGAGAGCGGUGCCCAUAUCAUAAGAAUUGAACCUGCCCGAUUCGAGGGUGCCAUGCUUCCUCUCACAGGUCUUCCUUGGCUGCCACAGCACGCAAAUUCUAGCGCGCCUGCCUCAUCGGAUGCACCCGAUGCUUCGGGUCUGCCCACUGGUCAAGAAAUCGCGACUGGUUCAAGCUUAUCUAGUACUCUGAACUCGCCGCUUGACCCAAACUUGUCGACUGCGCCAAACUCCCCGCGCGCCCCAGCUGCCGCCAACCCGCUGGCUGGCCUAAACUUGGCGACUGCACCAAACUCCCCGCGCGGCCUAGCUGCCGCCAACUCGCCGGUUGCUUCGCACCUUCCAGCUCCUGCAACCCCGCCAACUGUCCCAACUCUCCCGGUUAAUUCACGCUUGGCUGCAACUCCAAACUCGCCAGUCACCCCGGACUUUCCGGCUAGUCGAAAUGCACUAGCUACUACAACUCUGCUGGCUACUCUAACUCUGCGGCCUGACUCUACUGUUUCGGACCCAACUUCUGUGCCAGAACAAAGUUCGGCGGAUCCAAAUGAGCAUGUCGCGGGAAGUCUGAACCCGGAUCCGCGGAUGGUGGCAUUCUUCCAGCCUCUUAGGCUGCAUGAACCGACCCAUUCCGUCUUGGCUCCCGCCGAUAUGCGCGUAGAAGCACCAGGCACAACCCAGGUCGGCGCCAACGAGAACCGUCAAACUUCCGUGGCUACCCUGCAGUCGCCGUCGCAGGGCGGCAUGCCCCUGACUGUGCAGAACUACACCGAUGCUGACUCCAUCGGUUCCCCGGGGGCUCCUGGGAUGGUCGUGUCUCCCGCCCGCUCUCAGGGCCAAGGGUCCUCUACGGGGACCGACACCGACAACAUGCCUUCCCCCGGGGCCCCCAGCUUGCGCUGGAGAACCGCGACGAGCCCCCCACUCGUCGUGUGCAUCGGUUCGCAAUCGAUGGGGUGGAUGAAUCGGCCGAGGUGGGCCGAUUCUCUGCGGAAGCAAAGGCUUCCGGUGAUCAAUCCUCCGGGGGAGGGUUGA